AUGCAUCCACAGAACAACUUCUAUGCCGUUAUUGAUGAACUGAAAGUGAAGGUCAUUGGCGACGAUGAGGCCCAGGAGUUUAAGUUGAUCGAGUAUGAACCGGGGAGCGGCGAAUUUGCUCGCUUGAACGACUGGACACUUGUCCAAAUUCAAGCAACCGGAAUUACACUUGCCCUCAAGGUAUACACACUGAGUAGAUAUGGCGACGAUCACAUUCUGGAUCCACUCGCUAUUGCAAUCUGUAGAAAGAAAUCUUGCAACAUACGAGUGGUCGACUUCCAGCCGCACCGCACACGGCCGAACGAAGUUGUUGUACAUAUCGUUGAGCCGUCGCUCUCGAUAGUGCGGGAGGUUGUUGUCUGUGGGGAAGUGAUAGCGGCCACCACAUAA